AAGAGUCGAGCAGCGCGUGAUAACACGCAUCUCCCUCCGACGAGAAGCAACACGCACUAAAAAGACAACAACAACAGCAACAACAACUAUCCAUCCUCGGGGCAAACUGCGACUUCGUCUCACGCGGUUGAGAAAGAAAAAGAAAGAAAGAAAGAAAAGGCGCAGUCUGAAGUUUUUUCUCUUGUAUUUCCUUACUUUUGAUUUUUUUUUUUCUCCGGAGCCAGACAUACUCGUCAAAAGAUACAGACAUGUUGAGGUCCUCUCUUUGAGUACUUUUGUUAAAAAGAAAAAGAAAAGAAGAAGAGGUGAAGAAGUGGUGUAAAUGGAGAUGAGCCUGAGCGGAGCAGCAGAAGUUCGAGCCGCUCAUCCCGGGGAUAUUAUCCGGCUGUGAGAUCACUCACGCUCAUAAAAGUGUCCCGGAGUCUGCAGAGGACGACACGGAGCAGAGACCUGCUGUUGUUUCUGGAUUGCGGAGGAAACACUGAAAGCUGUUCUGUGGACCCCCCCACCCCCCUGCAGCUUCAGGGGAGAUUGUCAGAUGUGUACCCAGCACUCAAAGCCCCUGGCCCGGCCGCGGGGAUGGCAGCCUCUGCCUUGAACCUGAACAGCUUUGGAGUCAUGAAUAGCAGUAAUCAGUUUCAUACCCAGCCGGGCCCCUCCAGCACCGCGUCCCGAGGCCGAACCAGCCCCGUGGCCCGACCCGUGCUGCCAGUUCCAGACCGGAGCACCUACUGCCAGCUGCUGGGCGGGGGGGCUCUGAGCGGAGGCCUCUACAGCCCAACGAGCCCCAAGAGCGGCUCCGGAUCUCUGGGCCAGACCUUCGUCUUCCCUCCUUCAUCCUUCCUGUCGCCGAACUCCUCGCCUCGCCCUCGCUCCCCCUCGCCGCGGAGCGCGGAACGCCUCGGCGUCUAUGUGGGCCAACGGGUCAGGCGUCUGAGCGGGGAAGAGCAAGGGGAAGAAGACGGGCAGGAGGAGACGGGAGGGGAGGCCAGGAGGGGAGAGGGGAGAGACGAGAGGAGGCGGCAGGCGCAGCAGCAGCAGCUACACAAAGAACUGCAGAACGUGGAGGUCAGGGGAAAAGUGGGCAUCUUCGAGGCCCACAUUUCCGGGAUUCGUGCCCAGGUGCUUAGCAGCGAGCUCCAGCGCAGUCCUCGGUCUCCUAGAAAGGCGAGCGGCCAGUCCCCUUCCCACCCCGGCCAAGGAAGCACCGCUCCCGACUACCCCAUGACUCACCCGCAGGAGAAUAAAGUUCCUUCUGUUGUCCAAAAUGGCAGAGAAGUCGGGGAAGGGACAACGGAGGAAGAAAAGAACGGAGGGGGAAAGGAUGGAGGUGAGAGGGACGGCGGUCUUGCUAAAGCAAAUACGGAGGACAAGAUCCUGGCUGAUCAGACUGACCGCCGUUCAGAAGCAACUCCUUGUGCUGACAGACUGUCUGUUUGUGGUUCUCCUGAGACGUCAGAGAAACAUGCAGCCGCAGACGGAAAGGUAAAAGAGGGAGAACCACCGAGAGAUACGGAUGGAGAAAAAGAUAGAGGGGAGGCAGAAAACAAUCAAAUAUUGGGAGAUGAAAGGGGGCGGACAGAGAGAGAAGUGGCCGAUGUGAAGGAGGAUGGCUUGUGCCCUAAAGUGCUGCUCCAGACGGAGGAAAGCAGGUUGGAGGUUAACUCUAAAAGUGCUGCUUUACCUCCAGGGCAAAACCUUUUGAGCUCCCCGUGCACGCUGGACAUUGACAACCACACCUCCAACCACUCUCCCUCCAUGCCGUCCUCCAUCCCAGCUGUGGUCAUAACGGACCACGGCUUGGAAAGCCCACCUCAAACUACUGAAGGCCUCGGCGUGGACCGGGCGCAGUCUCGCGCCGCCAGCCCCAGUUCCAGUCCUGUUCCCAACUCGUCCAGCCGUCCGCUCCGGAAGCUGUCCUCCUCCUCUGCCUCCUCCGCCGGUUUCUCCUCCUCUUGGGAAGAAUCAGAGGAGGAUAUUUCCAGUGAUACGGAGAAAGGGGAGCAUCUUCUCAACCCUGCACUCAUCAGUUCUCAGCAGAAAGCGCACAAGUCUUGGAAGAAGAUAAAGAACAUGGUCCACUGGUCACCGUUCGUCAUGUCCUUCAAGAAGAAGUACCCCUGGAUUCAGCUGGCAGGACAUGCGGGGAGCUUCAAGGCAGGAGCAAACGGGCGCAUAUUAAAAAAACACUGUGAAUGUGAGCAGCGCUGCUUGUCCCUGCUGAUGAAGGACGUGCUUCGCCCGUAUGUCCCUGGUUACCAUGGAGAUGUGGAAAAGGACGGCCAAAAAUACAACCAGAUGGAGGAUCUGCUCGCUGAGUUUGACUUCCCGUGUGUCAUGGACUGUAAGAUGGGAAUAAGGACCUACCUUGAGGAGGAGCUGACCAAGGCCCGUAAGAAGCCCUCCCCGAGGCACGACAUGUUUCAGAAAAUGAUCGAGGUCGAUCCUGGCGCACCCACGUUAGAAGAAAAUGAAAACAAGACGGUGACCAAACCCAGAUACAUGCAGUGGAGGGAGACCAUAAGCUCAACAGCCACCUUGGGAUUCAGGAUAGAGGGAGUCAAGAAGGAGGACGGGACCGUGAACAGAGAUUUUAAGAAGACAAAGACGAGAGACCAAGUCACUUCAGCUUUCCACGACUUUGUGAAAGGAAAUAAGGACACAGUGAACCACUACCUAACAAGGCUAAAAGAAAUCAGAGACACUCUGGAGAUUUCCCCAUUCUUCAAAACCCACGAGGUGAUUGGCAGCUCCUUGCUGUUUGUCCACGACAGUAAGGGACGGGCCAAAGUGUGGAUGAUCGACUUUGGGAAAACCACGCCUCUGGUUGAUGGGAAGGAACUGACCCAUCGAGCGUCAUGGCUUGAGGGGAACAGAGAGGACGGUUACCUUUUCGGACUUGAUAGCCUGGUGGACAUCCUUUCAUCCAUGUCGGAAGGACUUGAGACCUGAGACUUGACGUCUGAGGGUUUUUUUGUUGUUUUUUUUUUAAAUACAAGCAAACACUUGGAGCCGCCACCACUUCCAUUCAUUCUUCUAUCCUCUCUCUGGGACACUUGGAACUUCCUCGACAACUCCUCUGUAGACACUUGAACUCAUGUUGGAAACCACGUCAUCCAGAACAAAUGCAUGGCUGGAUCCAUUCAUGCCCGGUGUCGUGUCGUUACAGGACAAACACAAAUAGAGCGGGCGCACAUGAACCACGCGGCUCAGUUUGUUACACUUGAAUUUUAAGCUAUGAUUUUAAAAUGAGGAAAAAAGUUAUUUUUUUUGUUUUUUUUUUCAGACUCAAAUUUUUUUUAACUAAAGAAAACUUCCAUUUAAAAGCAAAAAACAUAUUGACCACCUAAUCAAAAAUCCAGAAAUUAAUAUUCAAUGUUUUUGUACUGUGAAUAAAUUAAAUCUAGGAACCAAAACCAACAAUGUCUUGGUUUAUAUUUUAAAACAUCAAGACUGAGCUGUAGCUACACAAAUGUUGUUUUUUUUUUCCUUAUGAGAACUAAAAGCUAAAUUAACUCCAAUAUCAUUCAUUAAAAUGAAUUAAACAUGACACCAGGUGAACAAUAGAAGAGGUUGUUUUUUUUUGGUCCAGCCUUUUGUUGGUUUUGGUCUUUUACAAGGAGUUUGUUUAUAAUUAAAAACACAAAUAAGCACAAAAUCACCAAAACUUUUGCCACUUCCUGACUUGGUAGCACUUUCCAAAAGAACAUGUUUACAGAAAUGUUCGGCACACCAGCAAUUACCAGUCUUAAAGUCAGUUGAACCCCAGAAAUUUACGUUAAAGUGGCAAUCUUCAAGUUUUCAGCCCUUUUUUAUUUGACAGCAGCCGUAAACACUUCUAUUGUCAGGGAAAGAUUAUCAAACUAAUAAACAGUCCGCUCGCAGACUGGGAUUCACUGCCCAGAAACAUUUACUGUAAGCAGCACCACGUAUAUGAGCCUUUGGCUUUUAUCCAAGUUUUUCAUUUAAGAGCUAAUUGUGGUUGCUCCUUUGUCUUAUAUUAUUGAUAUGGAAAAUGCAAAAGAUCAAACAUUGUUUUACUCUGCAGACAACGGUUCAGAACCUCUUGAUGAGUGAUGGCUGUAAACCAUCACUCAUCACUCAUCCAGCCCAGUUCUUCGGGGGGAAUAAUGGAGGCGUUCCCAGGCCAGAUGAGGGAUGUUAUCUCUCCAGAGGCGUCCUCCCCAGAUGCCCCAACCACGUCAACUGACUCCUCUCGAUGUCAUAGUUCCUCUCAAAUGCUGGGUCCAGCUAUCCUGCUGAGAAAACUCAUUUCAGACCAUCUUUUUCUUUUUUUUUGAUCACGACCCACAGUUUGUAAUCGUAGGUGAGGGUCUGACAGUAGACUGACUGACCUGAGAGCUUUGCCUUUUGGAUCCGGUCUCUCCUCACCUCACAGAGGAUACUAGAAGUCCUCCACUUGAGGCAACACCUCAUCUGACUGUCAACCAUAAACACAACUGUCCAUCUACUUUGUACGACGGAGUAUUCGGGCCAAACAAAAAAAACAAAAAAAGGAAAUUACGAGAAUAAAGUCAUAAUGUAAUGAGAAUAAAGUCGUAAAAUUACAAGAAUAAAGUCAUAAUAUUACGAGAAUAAAGUCAUAAUAUUACGAGAAUAAAGUCGUAAAAUUACGAGAAUAAAGUCAUAAUAUUACGAGAAUAAAGUCGUAAAAUUACGAGAAUAAAGUCAUAAUAUUACGAGAAUAAAGUCGUAAUAUAUUAUAAAUAUAUAAAUGUAACUUCACAAGAUGCUCAAUAUUCCUCAUUUUAACACAGGGAGAAGAAGCUCUUCCUGUUAGAGUUCUCAUAAAUUAUAAUCUCAUAAUAUUACGACUUUAUUCUCGUAAUGUUACGACUUUAUACUCGUAAUUUUACGACUUUAUUCUCGUAAUAUUAUGACUUUAUUCUCAUAAUAUUACGACUUUAUUCUAUUACUACUUUAUUCUCGCAACAUUACGACUUUAUUCUCGUAAUUUUACGACUUUAUUCUCAUUAUAUUAUGACUUUAUUCUCGUAAUUACCAAUUUUUUUUGUCUUAGUUUGGCCCUAAUACUCCGUCGUACCUUUGGGCCAACCACCUGUGGGAUGUUUUUUUUUCUUUCGCCACAUUCAAGUUUGUAAAGUUGGGAACCGUCACCUAUUAUUGAUCAGUCUUUAGAGGUUUGGGAAUAUCUCAAAUGAGGGAUUACAAACAAACCGUGAAUCUUCUGGUACCUAGAUCAUGCCCUUCACAGUCUGCGUUUCAUCAGCUGAAAAUCUCUGAGAUUGCCACUUUACACACUUUAAAUUUGACCUUGCCUCCCUUUAUAUCCAGCUCAACCACAGUCAAACUGCAUUUGUUUGUAAAAAAAGAGCUGAACUGAAUCUUAUUGGUUAUUUUCACCUCAUUCAAAGCAACAUGUACACAUUGCUCACUUCUUUUUUUGAAAAUAUGCACUUAUACUUUUGAGUGGUAGAGGUUGUGCAACUAAGUGUGUUUUAACUUAUCAAAACACAGAUUUUUUAGGGUGUGUGGAAAGAAAAAGUAGUCGGCUAGCUGUUUUGUGCUUCCGUUUAACGUCUCAGCCGCAGAAUUUAGAUGCUCUAAAUUGGCUGCGCUUGCUUCACUUUCAUCUGGUAAUAACUGGCAAUUAAGUGGAGCGGAAAAAAACGAAACAUCUCACUGUAGUUAAUAAAUAUUUGCAGCAACCAUCGUGAUUUCGUUCUCAAACACUUAACACUUGUCUCUCACUUUUCUUUUCUUUUUUUUUUUAAAGGUUUGCUCACAUUGUACAGUAACAUUUAUUCAAUUCAUUGUAGUUUUGUUCUGUAACAUAAUUGUAGAAAAAUCCUCUGGAACACUUACAGCCAUGAACAAUCUUAUUUAAGCUAUACGGUGCCUUGACAUUACAAAGCCAAGUCAGACAACUGAAAAUAUUUUUUUGAGUCAAAGUAUUUUUCAUCUAGUCCAAAUGUGUGUGUGUGUGUGUGUGUGUGUGUCUGUGUGUGUGUGUGUGUUUGUGUGUGUGUGUGUGUGUGUGUUUCCGGUGUGUAGUCUAACAAGGGUGCAUGUUUAUUAUCCUCUUAAACAUUUGAUCUUAACUUGUAGUUUGCUAUGCUUUUAUUUAAACCAUAUUAUCUUUUGUUUUAGUUCACUGGAGGCUGUAACAUGUUGAACUUUUGGUUUCGUUAUCUUGCUUUGUCCUCAAGCAUGUGUUAUAAUAUGAGCGACAGUCAAACUUCAGGCCAUCCUGCGUCCUCGAAGUCGCGGAUAUUUAACAAGAAAAGAUAAAUGAUGUUGAGCUGAGUAAAAGCCAUUUAUGUCAAAUGGGAACGCUAGCACUUAUUUAUGGAGCAGUUGGGAAGACGAGGGAGAAAUGUCUCAUAAUGUAACAGGUUCUUGAGGAACAAUAAAAAC